UCCAUUUCAGUAAGGUAUAAUAUUACUCCAAGUCCCCCCCCUUAACUCAAACCCCCCGUUCUUAAAUCCUAAUCAUACCCCACCCCCCACACCAUCUACACUCUCCUUUUUCAGAGCACCUCCCUCCAUUACAGCACUGCAAUUGAAGACGACGACCCAAACAAACCCCACACAAUGCACGCCAAGACCGACUCGGAGGUCACGAGCCUCGCGGCGUCGUCCCCCACCAGAUCUCCCCGCCGCCCAGUCUACUACGUCCAGAGCCCCUCACGUGACUCGCACGACGGCGAGAAGACCACGACGUCGUUUCAGUCCACCCCCGUGCUCAGCCCCGUCGGCUCCCCGCCCCACUCUCACUCCUCCGUCGGCCGCCACUCCCGCGAGUCCUCCUCCACCCGGUUCUCCGGGUCCCUGAAACCCGGAUCCAGAAAGAUCAACCCCAACGACGGGUCGCGCCACCACCGGAAGGGUCAGAAGCCGUGGAAGGAGCAGGCCGUGAUCGAAGAGGAAGGCCUUCUGGAAGGCGAAGAGGGGUCCAAGGGCUUUCCUCGCCGCUGCUAUUUUCCCGCUUUCGUCCUCGGCUUCUUCCUCCUAUUCUCUAUGUUCUCUCUGAUUCUCUGGGGUGCCAGUAAGCCCAUGAAACCCAAGAUCACCAUGAAGAGUGUUACGUUCGAAAAGUUCAAGAUUCAAGCUGGCUCGGAUGCUACUGGUGUGGCCACUGAUAUGAUCUCAGUCAAUUCGACAGUGAAGUUCACAUUUCGCAACACUGGCACAUUCUUCGGGAUGCACGUCUCGCCAAAACCCCUAGAUCUAUCCUACUCCCAAAUCACCAUAGCCUCUGGAACUAUUAAGAAGUUUUAUCAGUCGAGAAAGAGCCAGAGAUCGAUCUCUGUGUCAGUGAUCGGCAAUAAAAUUCCGCUGUAUGGCAGUGGCGCGAGCAUGAGCACCUCAACAGGAACGACGGCGCUGCCAGUGCCUCUGCAAUUGAACUUCGUGAUUCGAUCUCGAGCCUACGUCUUGGGCAAGCUGGUGAAGCCAAAAUUCAACAGGCGAAUUCAGUGUUCUGUAACUUUCGAUCCCAAAAAGCUCAACGUGCCAAUCUCGCUCAAGAAUUGCACCACUAGUUGAUUGACAGAAAAGGAGGAGGCGCACAUAAAUUAUAAUUUUUUAUUCUUUCUUUGUUUCUUUUCGUUGAAGACUGAAGAGAACAAGUGGUGGCCAACUCAGCGGGCAAGUUCCAGAGUUGUACGGGCAUACCGGGCAGAGAGUUUUUUGGACGAGCAGAGAGUGAGAAAACGCGGUUUUGGACCUUUUGGGCUGCCCGAGUGCCCGGAGAGUGUUGAUUACAGGUUGUAUUUUACGAUAUUGGUAGUCAUAUUACCUUCUCCCUUGUUUAUUUAUCUUGCUUUUCUUUUUCUUUUUCUUUUGUAAAAGUAAGAAAUUAUUUAUUUAUUCUCAAUAAUGCAAAUCUCAUUCAUUAGGGUUAGGUGGUUCUCUAA